GCGUCAGUUUUGUGGCGAAGUUGUGUCAAGAUGGACGUACUUCUCCAAGGCAUAAUUUUACGUAGGCUACACAGAAGAAGAAGAAGGGUAAAGAAACGACGAAAUCUGUUUUGGAUUCAUCCCAUACAUACCAGGAGACCAGUGUUCGGUUCUUUUAACCAUUUAUUUCCCGACUUACUAAAUGACCCCAAAAAAUUUUACAACUACUUUCGUAUGAGCCCAGAUUUGUUUUUUCAACUAAGAAAUUUGAUCGCUGAACGGAUUCGAAAAGAAAAUACCAACUACAGAGCUGCCAUUUCCCCAGAAGAAAGACUAGCCGUUUUCCUGAGGUAUCUGGCAACAGGAGAAUCGUUUACAUCCCUCAGCUAUACCUUUCGGAUGGGAAUCAGUACUAUUCAUUAUGUAGUGAAAGAACUGAAUGAAGUAGUUUGGACUAUUUUGCAACCGUUGUAUAUGCCUGUGCCUACAGCAGAGAAAUGGAGAGACGUUGCGCAAUCAUUUUAUACAAUUUGCCAAAUGCCGAACUGCGUCGGGAGUAUCGAUGGUAAACACUGCCGAAUAAAGUGUCCGCCAAACGCUGGUUCUCAGUUUUACAAUUACAAACAUUUUCAUUCUGUGGUUUUAAUGGCUGUCGCCGAUGCAAAAAGCAAUUUCAUUUUGAUCGACGUAGGAGCGUAUGGUAGAGACAACGAUAGCACAGUUUUCUCAGAAUCUACAAUGGGAAGAGCAUUUAAAGCCAACGCACUAAACAUCCCUGGCUCUCAAGAAAUUAUUAAUACUGAUAUUAAUAUGCCUUUUUAUUUAGUAGGCGACGAGGCAUUUCCUUUGAGUGAAAACUUAAUGAGACCUUAUGCUCGUAGGCAGUUAAAUUUUGCCAACAGAAUAUUCAACUAUCGGUUGUCCAGAGCACGACGAACGGUAGAGUGUGCGUUUGGCAUAUUAACUAAAAAAUUUGGUAUAUUUCAAAAAGCUAUCGAAACUGAUAUACAGUUAACCGAAGGCUCAAUUAAAAGUGCUUGCGUAAUACACAAUUUUGUACGUCAAACUCAAAACGAAAGUGACAAAUCUCUGGAAACUGAGUUUUUGGAACAAAAUUCCAAUAAUCUUCAACUUCAGUCGUUGAGACCUACAAGUACUCACAGAGCAAAUACAAAGGCGCUGCAGGUCCGAGAAAAAUUAACAGAGUAUUUUAUGUCUCCAGGAGGUUCUGUACCAUGGCAAAACGAAAAAUGUCGGGAUGUUAUCUAGACUUUAUAGAUCUAUAUCUUUGUUUCAUGAAAAUAUACUGCAAUAAAUACCUACUUACCAGUUGU